GCGAGCGAGUGAGUCAGACUGGGCUGCCCAGCUGCCCCGAGUAGCUGCUGCCGAGGACCCCGCCGGCGCCCCGAGCCUCGUCUGCGCUUCCCGCCGACCCCUCGGACCCCCGCAGCGUAGGAAGGAAUCUAGUCCGGAUCCAGCACCCGCUUUACAACGCGGACCUGCAGCCCGGAAAGGCAGCGCAGAGUCGGAUCCUGCUCGGACUGGGCCCCGGCGGGCCGGCGCCGCGGGGAUGUCUGAGGCUCGGAAGGGGCCGGACGAGACGGAUGAGAGCCAGUAUGACUCGGGCAUCGAGUCUCUGCGCUCCCUGCGCUCCCUGCCUGAGCCCACCCCGGCCCCAGGCUCUGGGCCCUCAGAUGGCCGGGGGCCCCAGCCCUGGACCCAUCCUCCGGGAACAGCCGAGAAGUCACAGGAGAAGGAAGACACAGACGGGGAGCGGGCUGACUCCACCUACGGCUCCUCGUCGCUCACUGAGCCCCUGCCCUUGUUUGGAGACCCCAAGACCGAGGACCCAGUCCCGGACUCGCCCCUUCCCGCCGCGAGGGCGCUGAGCCCUCAGCAGUUGGAAGCACUCACUUACAUCUCCGAGGACGGAGACACGCUGGUCCACCUGGCGGUGAUCCACGACUCCCCAGCUGUGCUGCUCUGUUGCCUGGCUAUGCUGCCUCAGGAGGUCCUGGACAUUCAGAACAACCUUUACCAGACAGCACUCCAUCUGGCUGUACAUCUGGACCAGCCAGGCGCAGUUCAGGCCCUGGUGCUGAAGGGAGCCAGCCGGGUGCUACAGGACCGGCACGGUGACACGGCCCUGCAUGUGGCCUGCCAGCGCCAGCACCUGGCUUGUGCCCGCUGCCUGCUGGAGGGGCGGCCAGAGCCAGGCAGAGGACCACCACACUCCCUGGACCUCCAGCUGCAAAACUGGCAAGGUCUGGCCUGUCUCCACAUCGCCACCCUUCAGAGGAACCGGCCCCUCAUGGAACUGCUGCUUCAGAACGGAGCUGACAUUGACGCACAGGAGGGCACAAGCGGGAAGACAGCGCUGCACCUGGCCGUGGAGACCCAGGAGCGUGGUCUGGUGCAGUUCCUGCUCCAGGCUGGGGCCCGGGUGGAUGCCCGCAUGCUCAAUGGGUGCACGCCCCUGCACCUCGCGGCCGGCCGGGGCCUCAGCAGCAUCUCAUCCACCCUGUGCCAGGCCGGUGCCGACUCCCUGCUGCGCAACGUGGAGGAUGAGACUCCCCAGGACCUGGCUGAGGAUCCCUUUGCCCUUUUGCCCUUUGAUGACCUGAAGAUCUCCGGGAAGCCACUGCUGUGUGCCGACUGAAGCCGGGACAGGUUCUGGGGCCCCGGACGCUCCACCUCUUCCCCUCUGGAAGCUGGAGCCACAGCUGCUGCAGUUUGGGCCCAGACCAUGCGUCCUUCCAGUGUCCUGGGGACUGCUGAGGCCAGCACAGUCCCCAGCUGAGAGGAGGGAUCACAAGGAAGAGCCAGUCUGGAAGGAAGAACUUCUGGGUGAAUUGGAAGGACCCCUAAAGCCCCAGGCAGCCUGAGUGAAGCCUGAUCACCUCUGUCGAGGAUGGUGGAGGCUCUUGCCUCCACCCACAUGGGGCCAUCCUGAAGUGGCCAUCCAUUUGGACAACGUGAACUCUCCUGACUAGGGAGAGAUCCUGAACUGUGAGUGAGCAGGGCCCUAAGGGGGUCCAUCUCACUGCCGAGUUCACACAGAAGGCCCUGAACCGAGCCUUCGAGGGAGGGGGAAAUUUCAAUACCAUGACACUAAAACAGCAGAAACUUUUAAAAAGUCCCCCCCCCCCCGAGUCCCCAAGUUGUUCUGUGGCACGUGCUUGUCUGUGUGCAUUGGGGAUUUUGAGAAAGGCCUGCCCUGUGACCUUGCGGUGGAGGCAGAGAGGGAAAUUGUCACUUGAGCAGGACAGGCCUGGCUGGGGAGGGGAGGGAGGCCAAGGGUUCUCGGGCCCCUCCAUCCAACACAGACCCUUGUCCUUUCUGUGGCAAGGCAGAGGGAUGGAGGAAGACAAAGAGGAGUGAGAAGAUGCCAAUGGGAGACCUCCCCACAGCCCUGGGGGAGCCUGGAGAGAAAGGCCAGCCUGUGGAGGGGGCGGGUGACGCAAAGAGCUGUGGCCUUGUGUGUUUUUUCUCUCAUUCCACAUGUGUUUGAGGGGCCUAUGAGGUCAGGCCUAUGCUGGGAUGAAGACUAUGGGGGAAUAAACCAACACCGUUUCUGGCCA